AUGUUAACCUUACAUCAGAAAAGUCUCACAGAAUCCAAAAUCAAAAAUGACAAUGCUUCUUUCUAAACAAACUUAAAUCUUCGCUCAUUUAAUCCUUCAAAAUUUCUAAACAACCUUGAUUAACUUCAUGAUAUCCAAACUCCUUAAUAUAAUGAAAAUACUCAACAAAUACAACCACUAACAGAAAAGGCAGAACGUAGUUAUUGUCGAUUUCCUAAACUUCAAUCCAACUCAUUAUAAAACAUUUCUAAACCUUUUGAUUAAAUGCCAUAAUCUAAGCAUAAUUAACUAAAAUCUCAACUAUCAAAUAUAUUUUCUUAGUAAAAUCCAAUUACCGAAAAUCAUAUUAUCUUGCCUGGGUUAAGAAAACAAAGAAAAGAAUCUUAAAUGUUUAUCUAAAUGAUUGAACAGCAGAUCAGUUUUCCAAAUCAAGAUACCUAAACUUCAAGAUCUAAAAGAUUUUAAAGAAAGAGAGAACAAUAAACAUAAAGUUAAACAAAUCUAGAUAGUCUAAAUUACUUAUUACCUGAUAAUUCUUAAUUAGAUGACUCAAACAAUUAUAAUAAAAAAGUUGACUUUCAUAAAAGAGUAAGAGUCAUAAAUUUAGAAAAUGGAAGAAUUGCAACUGAAAUAAUAAAAGAAGAAGAUGAAUCUAAAUCUCCAAAAAAGUCUAAACGAAAAUUUGUAUCUUAGAAGACCAAGUUUUUUUAGGAAGAUGCCAAUUCAUGA